GGAUCAUAUGCGUUUCCGGUCUCCCUAGUUUGGAGGUCGAGAAUAUCAACAACAAUGGGUAGUACAUUAGGACCUAUGUGGUAUACUUAUGUUUCUCAUCCAGAUACUGCACCAGACUAUAAAAAUCCACCAACUUUCGAUCCCAUGUUAGGAUUCCCAAAUGGUCGAAAAGAAAAAAGUAAGGCAAUUAAGUCUUGAAAAAGAAAUACAAGUAGGCUGGUACAAAAAUAAGCCAGUUUAGUCAGCCAAUGCCACCCCCCCCCCCCCCCCCCCCCCCCCCCCAAGCCCAAUGUAACUCAAUGUUUUGUUUAGUCCUGUUUUUAGUUAACACAGUUUAAAUUUUAUAGAUAGUUACAAUAGGCUUGAAUGGGUUUUGAAAAGAGAGUAAAUUGGAAGAUAGGAUGCCAUGAUUGGCCGCCAUCUUGGUUGACAAGAGAAGUUAAUUCUGUCACUAAUUCCAGACCUGUUUACUUGUACGAUUUUGGCGUACAAUGUACGAUUUUUAGGUGUAUACAUUAUAUAUACUGAUGUUUAGUUUACUAAUUGAUUUUGUGAUGAUAUUGUACGAUUUUAAGAGUUUGAGGGUAAACAGGUCUGUAAUUCUAAGUAAAUGUGUCCCUAAACUAGGGUGACCAAAUAUCACACGCUCACUGGAAAGAACGGGACACUUUCAUGGACGGUUUUGGGGAGGGGGGGGGGGAAUACCCUCCAGCUAAGGCUAAAGAGUGGUCGAGGGGGGCCUCCGCCGGAAACUGUUUGUGGAAAUAUGCUCAUUUUAACUAUGAAAUCUAACCUAGAAUUAGAAAUCUACUUGGGGGACUCAGUCUUUUCCUAUGUCAUAGGUCUAUGUUUCACUGAUGUGAUGUUUUAUGUCUGAACGUCCACUAUGACCAGUACAUUAUUGCAAACUGUGCACUCGGCUUCACUUUCAUAGUGUCCCUUUUAAAUAAAGUUCCACUCUUUGGAAUACUCUUCCAUAAACAUGCAUUGACGCUUUGGCACAAUUAUUGUCUACAUGAGAAAAUAAUAUAAAAUUAAAGAAUAAAGUUCAACACCCAAAACAAACAGCUGUCACUCUGACAUGAACAGGCCAGCAGGGAUCACACACAAGACUAACACAUUACACGUAGCGGUAACGGAUUCAAAAUUUUUUUCGGCAAAGUUACAUCCUCCCCCCCCCCUCGCAGCUUCAAUUCUCGUGUCUUUUGCUAUACAUUUACAUAUAAGAGCUAUGGCAGGGACACUGUGGUGGAGGGGGAAAAUUGCAGCCAUCAUACGAGCCCAAAUCACUACUGGCACUGGCUACACAGAUAGCCAAAAUAUUACUUGAAGUUAUAUUUUAAAUUAGGAAGUUUUGGUGAUUUGAAAAUGUGUUUGGUUAAAAAAAAAUAGGACAUUUAGGCAUCCCGAGAGACUUUUUCGGGGAACGGGUACGAUCGUGAAAAAACGGGACAAUCCCGUUUUUACGGGAUGUUUGGUCACCCUACCCUAAACCUAAUCUGAACCCUAAAAUGAUACUAAAAUGUAUCCCUAAACCUAGUCUAACUUGAGCCCUAAAUGUAUCCUUAAACCUAACUUGAACCCUAAUUCACGGCAACUUUAAUAAACACGCAAAAGACGUCGUAGCAUCCUAUCUUCCUGUUAGCCGAAAAGAGUUGUCUCACCCUAAGCGCAGUGACUGACAGUAGGCCGACAUUUCGCAAGACCCGCUCUCCAACUUCUAGACAAAAAACAAAUUAUUUUUGGGAAUGGAUUUUCAUUUUUUAGGCUUUGAACUAAGUUUUGCAAUAAAAAUGAUUUGGACAACAUUAUUUGUUUUCUUAUCUGCUAUCUUGUUUCGGAUAAGAACGGGAAUUGUAGGCCUACUGUGAAGUCACUGCAUUUAUGUAGGUACUACGAUAUUUGUUCUCACAUCGUUCUGCGCAUGUCAAAAAAUGAUGCAAAAACUUGUGACCCUGUUUUGCACAAUGCUAUACAUUUACUUUGAUUUUUGCUGUUUAAUCAUUUUUUUCGGUAACUACAUUGAUACCUCAUCAAUGACAUAUUAUGGGAUUGUCGUCCGGUGACGCUAGUGUUAAUUAUGCCACGAUGUUGUUCAUGUGUUAUGCCCAGCUAUUCAGAGAACAUCUGGUAAGUGCUAGAUUGCUAAAUACAUUUUUAUGCUUACAACAACUAUGUAUUGUUGUAUAUUUACUACUUCUUCACUACUUUUACUCUAAAUAGUACAUUUCAUUUGAUAAUUAUUCCCUAAUAAUAAAAGGAGUGAUCCAACCCAUAAAUUUUGAGUUUGCAUUGUUAUAAUUUUUAAUAUGAUGGUAAUAAAAAGAAUGCCUUGCUCCUGUAAAUGAUUUUCCUUAAAUAGCUAUAGUAAAUAUAUUUUAAAAACUUGUAUAAACAAUAAAUGGCCACAACGUACACUUAAUAUGAUUCUAAUUAAUUGAUUUUUAAUGUUAAGGUUGCCCUGUAAUUAUUUUUAUUAAAGGCCUCGGCCAAAUAAUAUUACCUGUAAUUGUGUUUUUUCCUAUAAUUAUAUGAUUAGGCCUAAAUAGAAAUCAAAUAAAUAAGACUCAACAUCAUCAUUGUAAUUAUAUUUUAUUAGGACAUGGGCAUGUGAAAACAGAUUACCUAGACAAAUAUUUAAUAUUUAUAAUAAAAUAAACUAAACUAAUGACACAAUAAACGCAAAACUUGAAUAAUAUUAAAAAGAAAAAAAAUUGUGUAGAUUCAGGAUUAUGAUUAGACUUUAUUUCUAGCUUCUAUUUCAGUACAUGAAAAAUGUUAAUUUUCUAUAGCAGAACUCAGAAUUCCUACCAUAUUCCAUUGCCAAUGGAUGUAGAUGGUGAAGACAAAGGAGUGGGAUUCUUCAACAAGACUAAGACUGCAGAGCUGUCAACCCAGAAAAUGACAGACAGAACAUUCUCAUUACCUUAUAAUUACAUACUGGUAUCCUCUUACUCUUAUUUAAUUUUGAUCUUAUUGGGAUAUUAUUUUUUAUUAUAAUUUCAUGCAUUCAAUUUUAUUUUUAGAAAAGAUUUCUCCUUAAAUUUUAUAAAUAUAAGCAUUGGUUUAAAAUUUAAGUGGAGCAUAUUUAAUUGAAUGACAAUAAACAUGGUAUAUUUUUAUUUUUGCCUCUAAAUGUAAUCAUUUUUCCAACUGUCAUUUUCAGGAUCUUUUGAAUUACCCUAAAAGAAAUGGUCAUUAAUAAAAAGUCUUGAUGCCGUGCAAAAGUGUUGUUUGUCUUGUGUUGUUUACUGCUUUGAGAAUGUCUCCUGAAAAUUUGGUUACAUUAGCUUUUAAAAUUGAAAAGUUCUUGGCAAAAAAAACAUACCAGAAAUUCUGGAAAGUCUGUCACAAGUUUUCAUAAUUAAAUACAAAGAUAAAUAAGGGGGUUCUAAAAAUUCACCCCCCAAAAAAAUCAUAGCUCCACUAAAAAAAAACCGAUAGAAUAUGAAAUUGAUGGUUUUUUUAAAGGCCAUCAGGCAAUAUUUUAAUUUUUUUUCUUCAAAUACUGAGCUUAUGAAAGGACAAAUCUUGUCAAAAAUCAUUAUCGUAAACUAAACAUUUACCAAACUAUUUAAUAUAGACCUAAGCCUAAUCUCAGUUUGGAAAUAGCUUUUUGCUCCCAAGAUUCUGAUGAGUGACCUCCCCUAUGUUUAGUAGCCGCAUUGUUACUAGAGUUAAUUAACUAUUCUCUUUUUUUUUUUAUCUAUCCCAACUAUUUUCUAACUCUUAUCAGGACAGCUCUAGCUUUUAAACUCACUGAGGCACCAAAUCUCACUGUAUCCUUGUCUGCUAUCUAGAAUUUAAUACAGUUCUGCAAUCUAAAAUUUUGUUGUUAGCAUUGUUGUAGGUAAUACUGUACAAAAAAAUAAUUCUAUUCUAUACAAAUUAUAAAAACUGUAGUUAUAUAAAGCAAACUUUCAAUUGAAAAAUGGCACCUUCUACUUGCUAACUUAAUUUGUUUUUGAGCUUGAGCUAUGCUUUUAAAAUGAGAGUUCCUUGUAACCAAGUUCUUUGUGUCCCAGUUCUGUUGUUUUCUUUUUGUUCUCUUGCUUUUACAUAAUAAUAACUUAAAAAUUACUUGAUAAUUGAUAUUUUUGUUUUACUAUAUAAAAAUGUGUAUUUUAUUCAGAAAUAAUGAUGAAAUACAAUCCUGGACAACAUAUAUUUGUUACAUAGUCCAUGUUGCAUAAUUCAGCUGUUAUGAGAAGUGAGGAAUCCACUGUUAUUACUCUUAAUGUUAAAGGCUGCUAUAGGAAAGUGUGUCAGUUUUUAAAAAGCAUUAUAAAUGCACUGUUUUCAUGUUUAAUUAAAAAUAAAAAAAUUAAUGUAAUUGUUCUGAUAAAUCCUUCCAAAGCAUAAUUUUAAUAUUUGACAUACAGAAUUAAACCUAAAUCUAUAGGCCUGAUAUAAAAUUUUGUAUUUUAGUGGGCGGUGUUGGCAUGGUUAAUAAAGGCAUUCGGUAUACUAGUGUACACUUUAAAAGGUGCAGAUAGAAAGUGAAUGAUCCUAGGGCAAUGAUAUUUGGUUAAAAAAAUGAAAAACCAAUGAAAAUGCUGUGCCCAGAUUUAACUAUCCAUGACUAAUUACCACUAAACUAUCUUUUUCAUCUUAUAGUUAUAAUUAACAUAUAUAUUUUUUUUAUGAGCUCAGCAUUAUAUUUGAUUAUUAUUUUAAAAGUUGCUAUAAUCCUAGCUUUCCAUGUAAUACAAAUAUAAAAUGAUACAAUAUAAUAUUUAAGUUAAAUCUGUUAAUGAGGGAAUCCUACUGGGUAAGCUUUGGAAUAAUUUUAUACCUUUUUUUUUCAAAAUAAAUGUCAUAUUAUGUGAACAAUCCUUUUUUAUUUAAUUUGUGCUGUAUUCAACAUAAAAAAUUAAAGUGUAGAGAAAGUGGAAGCAUACAAGUACUUCGGUGUCACCAUUAGUAAUAAGCUAACAUGGCAUGAACAUGGCCAAAUGCUUUAUAAGAAAUUCAGUCAAAGACUGUUCUACCUCAAAAAACUGUACAUUUCGACGUAAACAAGCAAGUCAUUAAUUUAGAAUUGGAAGCCUACUUAAUUUCAGUUAUUACCUGCUGGUGUGGGAAUUCAAUGUCUGAUAUAAAACUCCGCAUAAACCGACUAAUCAAGAAAGCUAGGAACAUAACACAAACUAAACAUCCUUCACUUGAAGAACUAAUUAAAGAAAGACGUUUUUGUAAAACUAAACACAUUUUGGAUGAUACAUCCCACCCUCUUCACCACAAAUACUUAGGAUCGGGCCAAAUUUUCUCUAUCAGGGCGAGGACUGAAAGAUAUAAAAAUUAUUUUGUUCCCCAAUCUGUAUGAAUUUACUGGCGUGCUCCCUCUGAAGUCACACUAAGAGAACUCACUGAAUGUCUGUUUGAAAUAAUUUAUUAUAAAUGUCUUGUCUUCAAAUUGUUUUAUUUAUGUGCUGAAAAUGUAUAAAUGCAAUCAAAAAACAUUUUCAUUUAUUUGGAUCUAUAAAAGAUUCUUAUCUUAUCUUAUAAAUAUAAUCUUUAAGCAGGUGGGCAGUGUACAUAAAUCCUCUUAAAAAAGAUUGUGAACUUUAUUUCAGUCAGAAUGCAUUUAGCCCAAGCUUACAUUACUUAACAUUGUUAAAAAAAAUUUAGUCACUGUUAACAGUUCUGUUGAUCACGUUCAGGACAUGGUAACAAGUAUUAUUUUAACUUACUCAGUUUCCAUUCUAUUUUAGCUAUCAAGGCAACACGAGAGGAACUAGACAAGGCCAAUAUCCCUCUGGAUAAAAGAGAUUACUGUGUGGAUUAUUUUUUAGCCUUUGUAAAAUGUAGGCAAGAACACUUCCCAAGAGUUUCGAAAUAUUGCUCGCAGCAAAGACACGCAUGGGAGCAUUGUGAAAAUAAAGAGUAAGUCUUGAUGGAGUGGCUAUUUUCUUUGAAUAUGUUGCACCUACUGAGUUUUUAUUUUAUUUUUCACAAGGGAACAAGUGAGGUUAAAACUUGUCCAUUUGUAUCAUGGUUGUAUCAUUCAUGGUGGACAUUUGUAUCAUGGUAGGUAUUGUUUUGUUUUGAAUAUAAUUAAUGGAAUGUUUCAGUCAUAUUCACUUAAAAGUAUCAAAUAAUUUACAUUGCCAGUCCGUGCAACAUGAUUCAGUCAAAGUUUUCUCUUUCCAGUGAAAUAAUGAGGGUGAAAGAAUGGGAACGGGAGCGACGCCUGAAAGAGAGGAGCAAGAGAAUAGCCUGCAAAGAAAAUCGAGAAGAAAUGGCAGAGUAACAUUUUUGAAACAUAGGAUAUGGAAUCUAUAGCAGUCAUCUGAAAACUUUAAUACGUGCUGUAGUUUGAGGUUCUGUGGUACUGAACUUGUUGUAUACCAGACCCACAAUAAGAUAGAACAUGUUGAUUGUUUCAUUUUAAUUAAUUAAUUAGUUAAAAUAAUGUUUUUCUUCCUUAAAUUAAUUGCCGAUAUAAUUUUGUGUUAUAAGAUGUUCAGUUAGAUGUGGUGAAAACAUGCUGUCCGAAAAAUUCUUAUAAAUCAUUUGUACGGGAUUAGGCUCGUGUGGAAUUAAAUUAACCAGUUUCUUAAGUGGAGCUGUGCAUGAGUGUAUAUUUACAAGAUAAUAAUAGUGUGGAAUAAAAUAUUUCUUAUAUUAGC